UCCAGGACUAGCAGCAGACCAGGAUAUAGCCAUACCAUGAGACUGCCAAGAAAAGCACAGCUGUGAGGGCUGACUGGCACCAGCUGUACCCGGUGAGGUUGGCACUGCACAGCUGCUGUACCUGGUGAGGUUGGCACUGCACAGCUGCUGUACCCGGUGAGGUAGGCACUGCACAGCUGCUGUACCCGGUGAGGUAGGCACUGCACAGCUGCUGUACCUGGUGAGGUUGGCACUGCACAGCUGCUGUACCCGGUGAGGUUGGCACUGCACAGCUGCUGUACCCGGUGAGGUUGGCACUGCACAGCUGCUGUACCCGGUGAGGUUGGCACUGCACAGCUGCUGUACCCGGUGAGGUUGGCACUGCACAGCUGCUGUCCAUGGAAGACAUUCUGCUGAAGUGUUAGAAGACGACAGACUGCCAUAGUGAAGAGGCUGUGCACAGAAAGUACUGGUGGUGGGCAGAGCAAUACAUGGUGACUGGUGAAGCUGGCACUAGCUACAGCAGAUGAGGGUGAAGCUGGCAGUGGACAAGACAGUGGGCAGAACUGUGCAUUGUGACGCCGGCAGUGGGCAGAGCAGUUGAAGGUGAGACUGGCAGUGAGCAGAGCACUGACUGAUAGUGGGCAGAGAAGGGUUUGUUGGCACAGAGCAAGAUUACUGCCCAGCGCUGCCCCACACACUUCUGCUCCAUGUAUUUAUGAGUGUCGGGGAGGGAGCUGCACAGGGGAUGGCUGAUCUCAAAUCUGUCCCGGCUGAUGCCUACAUGUCCCUGGCACAGUCCUAUGGGCAGAGCUUCUAUGGAGCUCUCCGUGGUGCUGAAUCCGCGCGCAAUUACGCAGGAGGACCUCCCGUGUUAGACUUCACCGCCGGCUCCAGGGACCGGUCUGGGGACAGCAGCGAUGACCAGACCGGCGACGACGACGACAGCUUCGACCCCACAAAGAGCAGCCCAACCUAUGACAACGAGGGCAAACUUACCGCCAAGAAACCCAAGGAACAGCGCUCCCUGAGACUGAGCAUCAAUGCCAGGGAGAGGAGGAGGAUGCACGACCUCAAUGAUGCCCUGGAUGGACUCAGGUCGGUUAUCCCUUAUGCCCACAGCCCUUCAGUCAGAAAACUGUCCAAAAUUGCCACCCUGCUCCUUGCCAAGAACUACAUCCUCAUGCAGGCCCAAGCCCUGGAGGAGAUGAGGAGGCUGGUGGCCUAUCUGAACCAAGGACAGACUCUCAGCAGUAACCUCACCACUUCCUUGCCUCCCUUUGGACAAUCUUCAGUGUACCCCUACCCUGGAACCAAUGUGCCCAGCACCCCCGACAAAUGCUCAGCCUUCCCUGCUGGCACCUCCAACCUGUGCAAACACUGCACAGACAAACCUUGAUGGACCUUCUCAUGCCUAGGACUACUCCAACCCCCAUCAUUGUCCCAUCAUCUUCUCAGGACUCUCGGUAAUAUUUCUCCCUACACCAGGGUUUUCCCAACCAGUGUGCCUGCAGCAGUUGCAAAACUACAACUACCAGCAUGCCUGGAGUCGUAGUUUUGCAACAGCUGGAGGCACACUGGUUGGGAAAUACUGCCCUACACUAAGCUGUGACUGGAUGGAGAUUUGGGGUUGGGGGGAUGGGGGGUCAUCAUCAUCAUGAUCAUCAUCAUCAUCAUCAGGACCACAAUCCAUGUGCAGAGAUGUUCAUACAUUGUAGGUGUGGAAUCAUUUACUCGGGUUAACAUCAAGCGACAUUUUCUUAUACGAUUGGGGCAACGAAUCGGUAAUAAAUCGGAUGUCAA